AUGGAUGGGUUGGAGAAAUUUCUAGGACUUCCUGCUAAGAUACCUAGAUCAAAGAAGAAAAUGUUUUUGUAUAUCAAAGAUAAAAUUCAGCAUAAAGUUGUAGGAUGGAAGGAGCAUUUAUUAUCCACAAGUGGGAAAGAGGUGCUGUUGAAGGCCAUUGCAACCACCAUCCCUGUUUACACCAUGUCUUGCUUUCGCUUUCCUAAAUCAAUUUGUCAUGCUGUUAAUAGUGCUCUUGCUAACUUUUGGUGGAGCAAAAAAAAUGAGGAGCGUAAACUACACUGGAUAUCCUGGAGGAGUAUGUGUGACCCUAAAAGCCAAGGAGGGUUGGGCUUCAAGGAGAUUGAGGCAUUCAAUAUGGCGCUUCUAGCUAAACAGGGCUAG